AUGCCUGCGCCUCCGAAACAGCGCAAGAUUGCAAUUGUCGGCAGCCGCUCUGUCGGCAAAUCCUCCCUCACGGUCCAAUUCGUAGACGGCCACUUCGUCGAGAGCUACUAUCCUACCAUCGAGAACACGUUCAGCAAGGUCAUCCGCUACAAGGGCCAGGACUAUGCCACCGAGAUCAUCGACACGGCCGGUCAGGAUGAGUACAGCAUCCUGAACUCGAAGCACUUCAUCGGCAUCCACGGCUACAUGAUUGUCUAUUCGGUCGCGUCCAAGCAGACGUUCGAGAUGGCCCGGAUCAUCCGCGACAAGAUCCUCAACCACCUGGGCACGGAAUGGGUCCCGCUGGUCAUCGUCGGCAACAAGAGCGACCUGCGCCCUGAACAGCGCCAGGUCACGGCCGAGCAGGGCAAGGCACUCGCCGAGGAGUUCAAGUGUGCGUGGACCGAGGCCAGCGCGCGCUACAACGAGAAUGUGUCCAGAGCUUUUGACCACAUGAUCGGCGAAAUCGAGAAGAGCCAGAACCCGGGCGAGGCCCCCGCGGGUGGCAAGUGCACGGUGAUGUGA